AUGUUUGAUCCUCACGAGUUCGAUGGCGCACCAAUCCCAGAGCCUGACACAUUUAAAUCGUUCUACAUCUACGUACAUCAAGCAAAGGGCAAGGCAGGCGGCUGCGACGGUAAAUGGAAUAACUGCCUCUAUUACUGCCUCCACGACGCCUACCCAGAGCAGGUCACAGAACACUUCGGCAAACCAUCACGCCUCAAGAAGUUCCUCGACCUCAAUGUCGAUCAGAAGGUCUCGAUCAAGCGGAUCCCAGAACUCGAGGACAGACUCAACAUCAGAAUCAACGUUAAAGGUGAUCAUUGCUAUGCCUCUGCCUCGAGAGCAACCAGAGAGGUCAACCUAAUACUAACCAAUGGUCAUUACAAACGAGACAAGGAAGGCACCUAUGUCGGCAAGGGCAUCAGAUACACGCGAUAUAACGAGAAGGACGUCUACAUCAAGCCAAUCGUAUUCAAGUAUCUCAAAGGCGAGCAGGUGCAGCUCUAUGAUGACAGCGAGUACAGCACCAUCACAUUGCAACAGUUUAUCGACAAGAAAAGGCGCAAGUACCAAGACAAGUGCGAGUACAUCCGUAUCCUCUCGGGCAUGACCCUGGAGGAGACAUUGGACUCGUUCAAGGCCGACGCCGACGCUCUCAAGGAACACACUAACGGAGUCAUCGACAUGUACACUACAGGGCAGAACAUCAACAAGGCUGCGAUCAAGCUGUUCCUCUCGUACAACAAGACUGUCAAACCAGAGCCCAUCGGUCAGAUGGAGGGCGAGUGGAUAAAGAAGUCAGCCUAUGGACCAUUGAUGAUGGCCAUUCAACAUAUAGGAGCUCUCUACAAGUAUGACGUCGCUGGGAUGUAUGCAUCCAUCUUGAGGAGCAGCGGCUUCAUGAUACCAAUCAAGUGUGGCGACUUCCAGCAUCUGACCGACGAGGAGCUCAGCGCAAUGAAGACCAUCCCAUUUGGUAUCUACCGUGCCAUCAUCAAUGGCACUCAUGGUGCCUUCAAGAUCAACAAGAACAACUACUACACUCACUACGACCUCAUCUUUGCCAAGGAGCUAGGACUGACAUUCAACCUGAAGACCGGCAAGAAGGCCAAUGCGCUCAUCUACGACAGCAGCUGCAGGAAGUUUGGCUCCGACCUGUUUGGCAAGUACAUCGAUCAGGUUCUCGGCUGGAUAGAUGCGUGUGAGCCCAAAUCUAGAUUAGAAGAGCUCUGCAAGUGUCUCUACCAACGUCUAUGGGGCGCUCUCUCCAAGCGCAACAAGACCAAGCAUUACACAAACAUGGAGUGCGAUGCAGAGGUGAUAGAAACCAGCGAUGGACAGAGAACGAUCAAGCACGUCGAAAUCAACGUCGACGAGGACUACUCAAUCGAUCGCAUUACUCCAACAGCCAAUGGUAGCGCGAUGAUCAAAUCAGCUUGCCACACCGACAUGUUCGACACGCCAUUCGCUCGCAUCAUGCCAUUCAUCAUCUCCCGUGGUCGCAAGAUGAUCGGAACGAUAAUAAAGGACGACAUUGACUGCAUCAAGCGCGUGCACACCGAUGGAUUCGUCUCGACCAAACCAUGGACACAGAAGACAGGCAAGAAAUCAAUCGAUUACCCCAAGUUGGGCAAGGUGUGUGGCGACCUGCGAUAUGAGGGAUACUGUCCCAACGCCAGAGUCAAGAACAUGACCAAGCCAGUUGGAUCGUUCGCCAUUGGGAUAUGGCAAGGCGAAGGAGAGUUUAAAAUAUAG